CGUAACUUUCCGCUACUUCUCUCUAUCUACUCAUCAUUAACCUUCGAAAUAAACUAAAUAAAUCACCAAUAUACUCUUACAUACAGAUACGCUUGGAUCUCUUACUUAUAAGCCAACCGGCUUACCAUUUGAGAAAGAUGGCUGCUCGAACUCUAGAGGCUUGCUUUGAGCGCAUGUCCGUUAAUGACGAGAACGAGUUGGAGAUUCAGAACCAGAAAUCCAAGACUACUGUGACGACGACACAGCUUACAAAAAGUUCGAGUCGUCCGAAUCUAUACAAGGUCGCUCUGCAAUCUCAGGGUGCAAAUACCGUCACCACCGUCACUCUCCCAUCCCAAGCCGCGCAGCGUAAAGGUGCCCAGCCUCCCUCACCUACGAGAAAACCACUUCCUACAGCGAGUGCAGCAUCCAGAGCAUCAGAUGAAAAAGCACUGGUCGAGCGAAAGUCAGCUAGUCUGAUUGAACAGGUGCUCUCACCAAAACAAUUUCACCUAGGCAUGUUUGAGAUAGGGCGGCCUCUAGGAAAGGGAAAAUUCGGAAGAGUUUAUCUCGCACGUGAACGCACGAGCGGUUUUAUUUGCGCCCUCAAGGUUCUACAUAAAAGCGAGUUGCAGCACGGCCGGGUGGAGAAGCAAGUGAGGCGAGAGAUUGAGAUUCAGAGCAACCUGAGACAUCCCAACAUUCUACAGCUGUUCGGUCAUUUCCAUGAUAGCAAGCGGGUCUUCCUUAUUUUGGAGUUCGCCGGAAAGGGUGAAUUGUACAAGCACUUGAGAAAAGAAAAUCGGUUUCCCGAAUGGAAAGCCUCCCAGUACAUCGCCCAGAUGGCGAGCGCGCUGCGAUAUCUACACCGAAAACAUGUUAUCCACCGAGACAUCAAGCCCGAGAACAUCCUCAUGGGGAUUCACGGCGAGAUCAAGAUCUCCGAUUUCGGCUGGAGUGUUCAUGCACCAAACAGCAGACGACAGACGAUGUGUGGUACUUUGGACUACCUUCCACCAGAGAUGUUGAGGCCGGGUAGCUCGGAUAACUUCUAUAAUGAGAAGGUGGACCUGUGGAGUCUGGGGGUGUUGACCUACGAAUUUCUAGUCGGUGAGGCGCCAUUUGAGGAUACGCCCGUUAUGACACAAAGAAGAAUUGCCAAAGCAGAUAUGUCUAUUCCUUCGUUCGUCAGUGCUGAGGCGAGGGAUCUGAUCAAGAGGUUACUAGUUCUUGACCCUGAGAAGAGAAUCCCAUUGGAUCAAGUCGCGAGCCAUCCCUGGAUUACGAAGCACUGCAUCAAGGGGGAGCGGGCUGCAAAUAGGGAGAGAUCGCACUAAUGAUCACCAAUGAGAUACGGAAUGCCUUCACUUGUAAACUUUAGCACUAGGCGUUUGGACAAGGACAAUCUGGCUGGGAAAUCUGCAUAAUGGGAACGGAGUCGGAACCUAUCAAGCAUGUCAUUCUCAU